AACUGCUCGCCUGAUCCCAGGACAAAGCUCAUAUAAAAACUUGAAAAGAAGAGGUGACCCCUGUGCUAGAAAGUAAUAUCAGUCUGUUCAGACUCUUGCUCAUUUCUCCGUGAGUGCCUGCUUUCAUCUGAAUCCCAAUAUGCCACCAAAGAAGAUCGAACCAAAAAAGCCUGAGCCCAAAAAGCCUGAACCUAAGAAAGAUGCGGCCCCAGCAGCUAAGCCAGUUCCAGCUCCAGAGCCGCAGCCUGAGCCACCGAAGGAGCCUCCUUUUGACCCCAAAAGCAUCACUAUUGAGUACUCCGCUGACCAGAUUGAGGAAUUCAAAGAAGCCUUCACCUUGUUUGACCGGACCCCAACUGGAGAAAUGAAGAUCACCUAUGCCCAGUGUGGGGAUGUGAUGCGAGCUCUGGGUCAGAACCCUACCAAUGCAGAUGUGCUGAAGGUGCUUGGGAAACCACGUCCCGAGGACAUGAACCAUAAAAUGUUGGACUUUGAGACUUUCUUGCCAAUGUUGCAGCACAUCUCCCGUGCAAAAGACCAGGGCAACUUUGAGGAUUUCGUCGAAGGGCUCAGGGUUUUUGACAAAGAAGGCAACGGCACUAUCAUGGGAGCAGAGCUGCGUCAUGUGCUGGCAACACUCGGAGAGAGGAUGACAGAAGACGAAGUGGACAGAUUGAUGGCGGGACAGGAGGAUGCAAACGGAUGUAUCAAUUAUGCCUCCUUUGUUAAACACAUUCUUUCUGGUUAAUAAGGGCAUUUGACCACAAAGACUUAAAUGUUCAUCUCUUUCUCUCUACCUAUUGGAUUUGUCUAUUUAGAGCUGGAGCUGGGAACUAAUCAGUGAUGUCCUUUUUUAUGCUGUCAAAUACGGAAGUUAGUUUUGAGCAAAAUAUGUCAACAGCAAGUCGCAUGUGCUCAAAAUGAAAUGUCAGAGAUUCAACAUCUACAAUAAAGAAAAAUAUAUUGGGAACUGAAUUAAGGUCAUCACUUGUUUCACAAAUGUCUUUUCAAUCUGCACAACAUUUAAACUA